GUGAAAAGGAGUCAGCAUAAGAUCAUACAGUGUUUGAAGGCCUUUAUGAAUAAUAAGUAUGGGUUGGAAAGAAUAAUGGGAGAAGAAAGGAGCCUUUCAUUGCUGGCCAGAGCAAUUGAUCCCAGACAAACUAACAUGAUGACUGAUGUUGUUAAACUCCUGUCUGCAAUAUGCAUUGUUGGAGAGGAAAACAUCCUUGAAAAAAUUUUGGAAGCUGUAACAACAGCAGCAGAAGAAAGGAACAUUGACAGAUUUUCCCCCAUUGUAGAAGGCCUCCGGGAUAACUCAGUUCAACUGCAAGUAGCUUGUAUGCAGCUCAUCAAUGCUCUUGUAACAUCUCCUGAUGAUCUGGACUUCAGGCUCCACAUCAGAAAUGAAUUUAUGCGCUCUGGAUUGAAGGAGAUAUUGCCACAAUUGACAUAUAUAAAGAAUGAUGCUCUAGAUAUUCAGCUGAAAGUCUUCAAUGAGCACAAGGAAGAAGACAUGAUUGAGUUCUCCCAUCGUUUGGAAGAUAUUAGAUCUGAACUAGAUGAAGCAAAUGAUGUUUACAAUAUGGUGUGGAACACAGUCAAGGACACUAAUGCCGAAGGAUAUUUUCUUUCUAUUCUCCAACAUCUUUUGCUCAUACGAAAUGAUUAUUUUAUACGACCCCAGUAUUUCAAAUUAAUUGAAGAAUGUGUGUCCCAGAUAGUAUUACACCGAAGUGGAACAGACCCAGAUUUCACCUAUCGUAAAAAGUUAGAUGUAAAUUUCAGUCAUUUAAUAGAUGUUUGUGUAGAUAAAGCAAAAAUAGAAGAAUUUGAAGAGCGAGCUUCAGAACUUUCCAGGAAAUUUGAAAAAGAAUUUAUAGUCCAUCAGGAGACCCAGUCCCUACUGCAGAAAAAAGAAGAAAAAAUCAAUGCGCUAGAAGCAGAAUUACAGGCUUUUAAAUCCCAGUAUGGCUCCAUACCACAUGGAUCAGAUGUUCAUUUUUUACCAUCAAUACAGGGAGGCACAUCUAUUCCUCCAUCAGCUGCUGCAGCACCUGAACAGUUACUACCACCUCCCCCACCAGCACCUUUUAAUGGAGCAGUGCCGCCUCCGCCACCACCUCCGCCACUGCCCUUUAUGAAUGGCUCAGGAAUGCCUCCAUCUUUUGGUGCACCACCACCUCCUCCGCCGCCAGGCUUUCCUGGAGUACAGUGGUCUCCGCCUCCACGUACAUUGCCCUUUGGAUUGAAGCCUAAAAAAGAAUUCAAACCUGAGAUCACCAUGAAAAGGCUCAAUUGGUCAAAGAUUAGGCCACAUGAAAUGACUGAAAACUGUUUCUGGCUAAUAGCAGAUGAGGACAAGUAUGAGAGUGCUGAUUUGCUUUGCAAACUGGAGCUUACAUUUUGUUGUCAAAAGAAAGUAAAAAAGGAGGGGGAAGAUUUUGAAGAGAAGAAAUCUAUUAAGAAACGAAUCAAAGAACUAAAAGUCUUAGACCCGAAGAUUGCACAGAACCUCUCAAUUUUCCUUGGUUCUUUCCGAGUGCCUUAUGAGGAAAUCAAAAUGAUGAUAUUGGAAGUAGAUGAAACACAGCUGGCAGAGACCAUGAUUCAGAAUUUAAUAAAACACCUUCCUGAACAAGAGCAGCUGAAUACACUAUCCAAAUUCAAGAGUGAAUAUAAUAAUUUGUCUGAACCAGAGCAGUUUGGAAUUGUGAUGAGCAAUGUGAAGAGACUACAGACACGGCUCAGUGCUAUUCUCUUUAAGCUUCAGUUUGAGGAACAGGUGAACAACAUCAAACCUGACAUCAUGGCUGUCAGUGCUGCCUGUGAAGAGAUAAAGAAGAGCAAAAGCUUUAGCAAGUUGCUGGAACUAGUGUUGCUAAUAGGAAACUACAUGAAUGCAGGUUCUCGGAAUGCACAGACCUUUGGAUUUAACCUCAGCUCUCUAUGUAAAUUAAAGGACACAAAGUCAGCAGAUCAGAAAACAACUUUGCUCCAUUUUCUGGUUGAAAUAUGUGAGGAGAAGUAUCCUGAUGUCCCAAAUUUUAUUGAAGAUUUGCAGCAUUUAGACAAAGCUAGUAAAGUCUCAGCAGAAAACCUGGAGAAGAACCUGAGGCAGAUGGAAAGGCAGCUUCAACAGCUUGAGAAGGAUUUGAAGAUCUUUCCCCCUCCCGACGAUAUCCAUGACAAGUUUGUGACAAAGAUGUCUAGCUUUGCAGUUUAUGCAAGAGAACAUUACCAAAAACUUACCAGGAUGCAUGAGAACAUGGAGAAGCUCUAUCAAAAUGUGAUGGGAUACUAUGCCAUUGAUUUGAAAAAAGUUGUGGUGGAAGAAUUCUUAACCGACUUGAAUAACUUCAGGACAAUGUUCUUGCAAGCAGCCAAGGAGAAUAUAAGAAGAAGAGAAGCAGAGGAAAAACAGAGACGUGCUAGAAUUGCUAAGGAGAAAGCAGAAAAAGAAAAAUUAGAGAGGCAACAAAAGAAAAAGCGCUUGUUAGAAAUGAAAACAGAGGGUGAUGAGACAGGAGUGAUGGAUAGCCUGCUGGAGGCCUUGCAGUCAGGUGCUGCUUUCCGAGACCGGAGAAAACGGACACCAAGGCCUAAAGAUAUACUGCAAAAUCUCAGCCCAACCAAUCAGAGGCCUGUUCUGAAAGCUUGUAACCAUGAGAACCAGAAAGCACACCUAGAAAAGUCGCAUUCAAACUACAAUAUCAAUUUCAACUUCACAAGGACUCCAAUCACCAAGGAGUUUAAUUAUGACAUGGAAGCUAAUUCCUCUAUAGCAAGGAGCAAGGCUGUUGGAAGAAAGGAGGCCUACAAUGGAGAAAGCAACAGAGAAAAGGAAAUGGAGCUUGUUGGCUCUGCUUCCAAAGGAGAUGUUGUUCCUGAAGUAGAGGCUUUGCUGGCAAGAUUACGAGCAUUGUAA